AUGGAUGGCAAGGGUCGGCAAUCUUCCGCCGGCAAGUUCUUCGGGCGCCGUCUGCACAAGGACAAGGAGAAGGGCGGCAGCGAUUCAAAGCAUACUGCCUCGUCUUCGAUCGACAGCCCCCCGGGCAGUUCAUACGGCUCCCAGUCGUCCCGCCACUCGCAAAGACAUUCCAUCGGCGGCGCGUCCAUAGACCAGAGGCCCGUGUCCAUGACCGCUGAGGGCAUCUUUGCGCGAGCAGGCCCCGUAUCAUCCAUUGACUCGCCCCGAGACGACAACUUCAAGUCGGGCGAACCGCUGCCACAUCACCUGAACAAGGGCGGCAGCGACUUCCACCAGUACCCCGUCUUCACGGGCAACAACAUGCCUCCCAACGGCUACUCCAACCAGGGCCCGCCUAGGCCCCCGCCGCACUCGUCGCACACCACCAUUGCCUCGAGCAACCCGGGCGACCGUGGUGUCUCGAUGCAGCAAUGGGGCACUCGCGGCAGCAGCAGAGAUGGCUCCUAUCCCCAGUACCCCCCAAACGACGCCAGCUUCUCGCGCACCUCGUCCGACCAAGCCAGCGUCUACAGCAACGACUCCAGGUCGCGUGCUAGCAACACCUUCUACCCCCAAAACUCUUCGCAGUCGACAUUUUCGUCCGUAGGCCUCGACCCUGGCAGCCUCCUGCCCACCGCCGCACCAGCCUCCCGCGACUCGCACCGUCACUUGCUGCACUACAAUGUCUCGUCCCCGACGGCCUCGACGGCUUCCUUUCCCCAAAAUACCCUCAGCAUACAACGGCCCCCCGACCAUAUUGUCGAGAAGGAGUUUAUGAACCUCAUGGUCAAGCGAGGAUGGAAGAGUUUACCCGAACAGGCGCGGCGGCAGAUGGAGGCAUACAAGAUUGACAAGAAGUGGACACUUGUGUACCAGGACAAGCUUGCUGAAUUCAAGCAUGAAGAGAAGAAGCGCCAGACCCAGCGGAUAACAUAUGGAGGCGGCGGCGGUGGCGGAGGAGGCAUGGUUGGGAAUCAAGACAUUUUGAUACGAGCCGAAGAAGAAGGAUCCCCCGAGUGGUAUGUCAAGAAGGUCAUGGACAACUCGAUAACGAUCAAGCAAAUGUCAAGUUUGGAGAUUAGCUUGAGAACCCAGCCAAUUGCCUGGGUCAGGGGCUUCAUCGAAGCCCAAGGUCAAAUCGCCCUCACGAAUGUCCUGGCCAAAAUCAACCGCAGAAAAGGCACAGGGCCUCAACCCCCUCCUAGCGUCAUUGCACAAAAAGCAGAGAAUGACGUGGAACGCGAAUACGAAAUUAUCAAGUGCCUGAAGGCGCUGAUGAACAACAAAUAUGGCGCCGACAACGCCUUGAACCACCCGUCAAUCAUACAGGCGCUGUGUGGUUCUUUAAUAUCAUCACGACUGAAUACACGAAAACUCGUCUCGGAUGUCUUGACUUUCUUGUGCCACUGGGGCAAUGGAAGCGGACACGAAAAAGUGCUACAAGCACUCGACAACCUCAAAUCACAAUAUGGUGAAAACAGCCGCUUCGACGCAUGGAUGCGUAUCGUCGAGGUCACAGUUGAUGGCCGUGGAAAGAUGGGAUCCAUGGUCGGCGCAUCAGACGAAGUCCGCAGUGGAGGAAUUGGCGUAGAGAACCUCCUCAUGGAAUACGCCAUCGCAACCCUCUUCCUCAUCAACAUGAUUGUCGAUGCGCCAGAGCGUGAUCUCCAGCUUAGGAUGCACGUGCGAGCUCAGUUCACAGCAUGUGGCAUCAAGCGCAUCUUUAACAAGAUGGAGGGCUUCCAGUACGACGUCAUUGACAAACAAAUCGAGCACUAUCUCGAGAAUGAAGCAGUCGACUAUGAAGAUUUCCUUCAAAAGGAGAACAGCUCCAUGAUGGACAAUGUCGAGGGCGAAACCAAGGAUCUGAAUGACCCUCUACAAAUCACGGACGCCAUUAUGAGCAAGAUUAGUGGAACCAGGGCACAGGAUUACUUCACGUCGGCUAUGCAACACCUGUUGCUGAUGCGGGAUACAGAGAGCGAAGACCGGUUACGCAUGUUCCAAUUGGUAGAUCAAAUGCUCAGUUAUGUGGCUAUGGACCGCAGACUGCCAGACAUGGAUCUGAAGCAAAGUCUGAACUUUACUGUUCAGUCUUUGCUUGACAAGCUGUAUACCGACUCUGAAGCCCGCCAAGUACGCGAUGAGGCUGUCGAAGCACGCCAGAUUGCAGACUCGGCCAUUGCGGAGCGCGAUGAGAUGAAAGCGCAGCUCGAGUUGGGUGCUGACGGCUUGGUGUCGAAGCUCCAGAAACAACUGUCAGAGCAAGAGCGCAUCAUUGAGCUCCGUGGCAGACAGGUCGAGUCGAUGAAGGCGGAUCUUGCCGAGAUGCAGAGGAUACGAGCACAAGAGCUGCAACGAAACGAGCUGGAGACGCGUGAACUGUACCUGAUGCUUAGAGACGCCCAGGAUGUUGCAGCGUCAGCAGCGAAGAAAUCUGGCAAAGAUGGCCUCGGUGCUACGGACCCUACUCAAAUGCAGGGUAUCAUGGAUCGUGAACGCCUCAUGAACAGAUUGGAGAUUCAACUGCAGAGAGCCAGGACCCAAGCCACUCUGGAAGGCAGGACUUUGAACUUGCAGCCGAGUGAGAAGCUCAGGGAGUUGCGAGAAAAGAUGGAGGGUGAUGUCCCAGUCAUGUCCGAACAAGGCUAUGGAGGUCUUCAACCGACCUCAUUCGGGUCAGUACGUGCCAAGAGUGGAGUACCACGCAGGAAACCCCUCCCUGGUCUUCCCGGUCAGAAUGGCGAGGAUGCUGAGUUCUCUGAGAUGGAUGAUGACGAUGUUGUUAUUGAGAAGCCCCGUCUUAUCCAAAUGCACAAGCCCAAGCUCAGCGCGUCCACAGCUAAUGCUCUUAUGGCCGAUAUUACCUCCAACGUCAAACGAUACGACGAAUCUGAUACUGAAGACAAUGGCGAUGGCGUUACUACCGGACCAUCCCACCCAAGCCUUGACUCCGACUCACCAAAGACACCAGCCGAUGGUGAUGCAUCGAAAGCUGCUGGAGCUCCGCCUCCACCUCCACCACCUCCACCACCUGGUGCUCUUGGAUUCCCUACCAACAUACCCGUACCACCCCCUAUGCCUGGCACUACGGGAGCUCCUCCGCCUCCUCCACCACCGCCGCCACCGCCUCCGGGCAAACUUGGUUUCAAAGCGGGCAUUCCUCCACCACCUCCUAUGCCGGGUGGUGGCAUGCCGCCACCGCCGCCACCUCCACCAAUGCCAGGUGCCAAGAUGCCUGGUUUCCUUCCCAAAGCGCCUGGCUUUGGUGCCGCCCAACAGUUUGCCCUUUCCGGACCCCGGCCUAAGAAGAAGCUCAAGGCUCUUCAUUGGGACAAGGUCGACCAACCCACCACAACGGUGUGGGCCACGCGUGGCCUUACUUCAGAAGAGAAGGAAGAAAAAUAUCAAGAACUUGCGAAAAAGGGUGUCUUGGAGGAGGUCGAGAAACUGUUCUUGGCCAAGGAGAUCAAGGCGAUUGGCAAGAAAGGUGGCAAGAAGGACGAAAAGAAGCAGAUUAUUUCCCGCGACCUCAUGCAAAACUUCCAAAUCAGCAUGGCCAAGUUCUCGUCUUAUGGUGUUGAGGAAAUUGUACGCAUGAUUAUCCACUGCGACAGUAAGAUUUUGGACGACCCCGUUACCAUGGAUUUCUUGCAGAAGAACGACUUGUGCGAUAUUCCUGACAACACUGCCAAACUCAUGGCUCCUUACUCCAAGGACUGGACCGGACCUAAUGCUCACGACAGUAAACGUGAGCAAGAUCCAAACGAACUAACCAGAGAAGAUCAAAUUUAUCUUUACACGGCUUACGAGCUCCAUCAUUACUGGAAAAGUAGGAUGAGGGCGCUUACGCUCACUCGUACGUUUGAAAUCGAGUACGAAGAAAUAUCCAACAAGCUUCUGGAGAUCUCGCGCGUGUCAGAGAGCUUGAGAGAUUCGUCUAGUUUGAUCAGCGUCCUGGGUCUUAUUCUCGAUAUUGGUAACUUCAUGAACGAUGCCAACAAGCAAGCUAGCGGUUUCAAGCUGUCCACUCUCGGUCGAUUGGGUAUGCUCAAGGACGACAAGAACGAGUCUACGUUUGCCGAUGUCGUUGAGAGAAUUGUGCGCAACCAAUAUUCUGGAUGGGAAGGUUUCACCGACGAGAUCAGCGGUGUCGUGACGGCGCAAAAGAUUAACGUUGAGCAACUACAAAACGACGCCAGGAAGUACAUUGACAAUGUCAAGAACGUCCAAAUGUCGCUCGACUCUGGUAACCUUUCGGACCCCACAAAGUUCCAUCCUGAAGACAAGGUAUCGAUUGUUGUGCAGAGACACAUGAAGGAGGCUAGAAGGAAGGCAGAGCAAUUGCAGGUCUUCCUUGAGGAUAUGCAAAAGAGCUACGACGACAUUAUGGCGUUCUAUGGAGAAGACCCGAGUGACGAUAGUGCGAGAAGAGAUUUCUUUGCGAAGCUGGCCAACUUUGUCCAAGAGUGGAAGAAAUCCAAAGACAAGAACAUCCAACUCGAGGAACAACACCGCCGCAAUGAAAUUUCUAUGCGCCGCAAGCAAGCUCAAAACUCCAACCCUCUCUCUCCCAACGCACUGUCCGACUCGGACGCGCCCAAAUCCCCCGCCUCCACAGGCGCCAUGGACGAUUUGCUCCAGAAGUUGCGUGCCGCGAAACCAGAAGCAAGAGAUCAACGCGAUCGCCGUCGUCGUGCCCGCUUAAAGGACAAACACCAAGUCCGCGUGGCUAGUGGCCAAAAGAUGCCAGAAAUUGGCGUCAACGUAGAGGACGACAAAGAAAAAUCUCAAGAAGCAGACGAAAAGAGCAAGCUCCUCAGCCCCACGAGCGAUACUGCCGAAAGCGAUGCCAGCUCUAGCGGCGGCAUCGCAGCCAUUGCCUCAGAUGCCGCAGAAGCAGACAUUGCCGACCGCGCCGCCGCCAUGCUCGAGGGCCUCCAAUCCGGCGCCUCCAUCAACAAAGACGGCUCGCUAUCUGUGCGCCGGCGCAGAGAAAGCGCAGACACCGAACGCCAACGGCGAAGGAACCGCCGCCAACAAGCUGCCUCUGCCAAAACCGAGGAUGGCCUACUAAGUCCCUCCGCUAUACCUGAAGAAGGCGGCGACAACGGUGGUGCUAGUAACGCUAGUAUAGACGGUGCCACCGCUACUACUACUACCGAAGACGCAGACCUCGAUGCAGAGAACCCACCUACCACCCCUGUUACGGUUGUUCAUCCCCCGAGUCCAGAGCUCAAGGGUAGGGACUUGCCUACGCCGCCGCCUGAGUAA